AUUUAUUUCUAAUGGUUUUCGAUAUCACUGUAGUGCCCCUUCAAAUAAUUAUAAUCCUGUAUAUUAUUAUCAUCUUCAAAUCGAUUUUCAUAAUGUUCCUAACACAGUUCGAUUGAAUUAAGAGAUUGUAAGAAAUCGUUGAACUGCGAGUAAAAUUGAACUGAUUUACUAAUUUACGGGUUUCACAAUAAAUUUUGCCGCAUUCGAAACAAGUUGGUCAACGACAUAAUAUCGCAACAGAUAACCUGCUUUUCGAGGCUGACAUUUAGUAUUUUAUGAAAAAAUUAAACGAUAGCUAUUCAGUUAUGUUUCUGUCAUGAAUAGAAUUAGACAAUACCCGGUGAGACCUAUAGUUCUCGCUCUACUACUUGUUUUUUUUGUUGGUGUUAAAAAUGAGAAGGAUAGUGCGUUGGAACUCAAAAUUGACUACUACGAAGCUCUUAUCAAGAAGGGUGUCAAGGAUGCUUUAAAUCAUAAACCAAGGAUAGAUAAUAGUGAUUUUUUGUCUAAUGUUGAUGAGACACAAAUACAUGAAUACGGCACUUUUGACUUCAUCGUUGUUGGUGCCGGGACAAGCGGCUGUGUUGUGGUUAACCGUCUAUCAGAAAUCCCAGACUGGAGGAUCUUGGUCCUUGAAGCUGGAGAGGGCGAAGACGAUUUAUCCGAAAUUCCAGGAUUGCAUACUCUGACAUCGAAUUUUCGGAAGAACUGGGGAUAUAUUUCCACUCCACAACAAAAUGGUUGUCUUGGUAUGAUUGACCACCAAUGCCUUGUCACCAGAGGACUUUCAGUAGGCGGUAGCAGCGCAACUGGAGCCCUUAUUUACAACCGAGGAGUCAAACAGGAUUACAAAGCCUGGGCAGAUGCAGGAAACCCAGGAUGGUCAUUCGAGGAAAUUUUACCAUACUUCAAGAAAGUUGAGAACUACCGUAUCAAGAGCAGCCCAUAUAACCAUGGAUUCGGCGGUCCAAUCAACGUUGAAUAUAGUGAACCUAAAUCAGCUUUACAUCAAGCAAUCGUAGAUGGAAUGACAGAAAUAGGUUACGAUACUAUUGACGAAAUAGGCGAUGGCUUCGGAAGAAUACAGUAUAAUACUUGGGAAGGAAAGAGAAUUAGCAGCGGUAACACUUAUUUGAAAGACGCUAGGAAUCGAGUCAACACAAACAUUACUACAAAAGCUCUUGUAACCAAGGUACUUUUCAAUUCUCAAAAGAUGGCAACUGGUGUAAAAUUUGUUAAAAAUGGCAAAUUGUUUAGAGCUUUCGCGAAUAAGGAAGUGAUUUUAUCAGCAGGUGUCAUCAAUACGCCUCAACUGUUAAUGCUUUCAGGAGUGGGUCCAAAGAAAAUCCUCCGAAAACACAAGAUUAGUGUUGUUCAAGAUCUUCCAGUAGGGCAAACUUUGAAAGACCACUUCGGAUAUCUGAGUGUAUACAUAAGAACUAACUUCACCCAAAUAACUCCACCUAUGAGAGAACUUCUAAAACAAUACUUUGAUGGUUAUGGAUAUCUGACUAAAUCUUUGAACUCCGAGUUUUUGGGCUACUCUUCAAUCAACUCUUCGAUUAACAGACCCAAUAUAGAGUAUAUAUUUGCUCCUCCAACAGGUACUAGAAUCGGUCUAUACGCAUCAAAGAGAUUCACCAAGGAGAUGACAGCAUCUGUUUCCAAAAAUUACAACAUCUCUACCGACCUUGCAAUAUCUGUCACAUUGCUCCAUCCAAAAUCAACGGGACGAAUUACAUUGAAAUCUGCUAAUGCCAUGGACUUCCCCGAAAUCGACAUUGGUAUUUUCCAGAACGAAGAUGACGUUGAAGAACUCUACAAAGGAAUACGGAAUAUAGUCAGAAUUUUGGAUACCAAAUCGUUCAAAAAGAUCAACGCGACUAUUUAUUCUAUUCCAAAACCUUGUGAAGCUCACAAGUUCAAUUCUAAGUCGUUUUGGUAUUGUAGUAUAAAGCAUAUAGCAUUUGCUGCUCAUCAGUUGACUUCUUCGACUAAAAUGGGUCCUAUUGGUGAUCCUAUGGCAGUCGUCGAUCAGAGUUUGAAAGUGUACGGGGUGAAGAAUCUGAGAGUAGCUGACUGCGGUGUGAUUCCUGUUACCUUGUCUGGACAAUUGAAUGGUGUGGCAUAUAUGAUCGGAGAGAAAGCUGCGGAUUUGUUGAAAAUGCAACAUUUAGAAAGACUUUAGAAGGAAGAGCGUCUAUUUAAAUUAUUAAGUACCUGUUAUGUCAUAAAUAUAUAAAUUCUGAAUAAGUGUAAAAUAAGCCUAUUUCUGCUUCUAAGCUCGAUUUUGUAUAUCAUUAUGAAUAGCCAUAAAGAAAACCAAAGCUCAAGAUAAUUUUUAAAUUUAUAAUAUUUUCGGAUAUGAUCGGAGCAAAUGAAAUAAUCACAUCCGACUGAAAACUGUAAAAUGUAAGUAUGGAAAGAUAAAAAAUAUAGUGUUCUUCAUAGGAAGGUUUUUGAAAUUCUAUUUUUACUUUAAGUUUAACAUAAAUUACUAGAUCUCGAAAUCUGAAUACUUCAGAGAUAAAAAAGAAGAAUAUAAAAGUCUUUAUUCUUUUUGAACGCUCGUUGCCUGAAAAAAUAACAGUUUGAUCACGAUGUUUGUAAUUUUCCAAUUAUAGGCCGAGCAUGGUCACAAACUAGGCUUGGUUUAUACUGAUGACAAAUCCGUCCUCGAACUAAAUCCCGUUAGUCCAUCCGUAAACACGAUAACUCUCAGAAGAAAUUACCCACAAGUUUGAAAAUCGGGUACAUAUAUGUAUAAUUGGUAAUAAUUUCAAGCUUCGUGCAAAAUUUCGUUUUGAUAUCUU